CUGGGCCAGGUGGCCCUUUCCCCGGUCUGGUUCCUGUACAGCCUGCUCAUGAAGCUGUUUCAGCGCUCCGCCCCGGCCAUCACCCUCGAGAGCCCGGACGUCAAGUACCCGCUGCGGCUCAUCGACAGAGAGACCAUCAGCCACGACACCCGGCGGUUCCGCUUCGCCCUGCCCUCGCCCCAGCACGUCCUGGGCCUCCCCGUCGGCCAGCACAUCUACCUCUCCGCCCGAGUGGACGGAAACCUUGUCAUUCGGCCUUACACGCCCGUUUCCAGCGAUGACGACAAGGGCUUUGUGGACCUGGUGGUCAAGGUCUACUUCAAAGACACCCACCCCAAGUUUCCCGCCGGAGGGAAGAUGUCCCAGUACCUGGAGAGCAUGAAGAUCGGAGACACCAUCGACUUCCGGGGCCCCAACGGGCUGCUGGUCUACCAGGGCAAAGGGAAGUUCGCCAUCCGUCCGGACAAGAAGUCCAGCCCCGUGGUCAGGACCGUGAAGUCCGUGGGCAUGAUCGCGGGUGGAACCGGCAUCACCCCGAUGCUGCAGGUGAUCCGCGCCAUCAUGAAGGACCCGCAGGACCCCACCGUGUGCCACCUGAUCUUUGCCAACCAGACUGAGAAGGACAUCCUGCUGCGGCCCGAGCUGGAGGAGCUGAGGAACGAGCACUCCGCGCGCUUCAAGCUCUGGUACACGGUGGACAGAGCCCCCGAAGCCUGGGACUACAGCGAGGGCUUCGUGAACGAGCAGAUGAUCCGGGACCACCUCCCCUCUCCCGAGGAGCAGCCGCUGGUGCUGAUGUGCGGCCCGCCGCCCAUGAUCCAGUACGCCUGCCUGCCCAACCUGGACCGCGUGGGCCACCCCAAGGAGUGCUGCUUCACCUUCUGAGGGCCCGGCCGCGCCGCCCGCUCGCCCGUGCCUGCCCUUCGCCUGCACCACCGUCCCCACGCUCUCGUGGUCCUGGGCCCGCCAGGCCUGCGCAAGCCCUGGGUUGUGCCCCACUGGGCUGGCCCCCGCGGGGCAUUUGGGGUUCUGUGUGGUGGGCCACGUCGCCCGCGCCUCUGGGCAGGCCCCUGCCUGGCCUGAUCUUGUCCAGUUGCCUUGACCCAGCCCGGCCUCCCCUCCCCCACCCCCACACUACUGGGCCAUGGCCGCCAGCACCGGACUCCACGCCCCUCCUGAGUGGACCACGGUCUGGAAAUAACACGCACCAGCAGCCCAGAACUGCCACCAACGGGGGACCCCCCUGCUCCCCUUCUGCCACUCAGGGCCACAGCCCGCCGCAGCGCCUCCACUGUGCGCGGGAGCGUCCUCUGGACGGGCUGCUGGGGGCCUGUCCAGCCUCAGGCAGCCUGGCUCUCCCCCACUGCGGGGGGAGGGGGACAGUGAGGGGCCCCAGUCGGCGCACAGGCCCCAGGAAACCGCCGUGCUUCCCCGCACACCCAGGCAUUCCGGCGGGCGCGCUGUGGGCGCCUGCCGGACAGGUGGUCCAGCCAGCGCCGCGGGCAGGGCGAAGCCCAGGUCUGUUUGUUCCUGCUCCAGACCCCCCCUGCGAGGGGGCUCGGGCAGGCGGGAGCCCCGCUAGCUGCUGCCGGCUGCCUGAGGGCGUGGUGGCAGCCUCCUGCAUAGCGGCUUGUCCAGUCAUUUAUGCGCAGAAACAGCACUGGAGUAAACCUCGCUCAUUUUG